GACCUGAAAUGCGGGGAGGUGCCCCCGCAGUGCGACAGUGAAAUGUAGACAUAUUCUAGAAAUAACCCGCUCUCACACUCUGUACCUAACAGGAAAUACUGACCUCUGCGGAAAAGGGGAGAGGGUGGGCUGCCUGCAGCGGAGGAGGACACAGAGAUCCAAACCAUUUGGAAAGCAUCCUGGUCUGGAGUCUGAGGCCUGAAAAUUAAUGGCGGCUAGGAUUCCGGGGAGGUCUCCCAGGACAGGAAAAGGAGGGGAAUCUCAACAUGGAAAAACUCUGCAAUGGAGAUGAAGGAAUGCCUGAGAAACAAGGGAAGAUGGAAUACAAAGAACAGCCAGAGGAUGUGGGAAGGCCAGAAUUAGCUUGUACUCUGGAAGACAAGGAAAAGUUAGAAAACAAGGGAAAGACAGAAAAUGAGGAAAUACUGAAGGACAAGGAAAGGCCAGGGAGUGUGGAAAAGCCAAAAGAGGGAAAGCCAGAGAACCUGGAAAAACCAAAAGAAGAAGGAAAACCCAUGAGUGAGGGGAAGCCAGAGAGCAAGGGACAGCCAAAAGAAGGAGAAGCAGGGAUCAAGGGAGAACCAAAAGAAAUAAAAUCAGAGAGUGAGGGAAAAAAAUCAGAGCCAAUGAAAAGAGGGAAAGUCAGAGAGCCAGGGAAAGCCCAAAGAAGACGUAAAGUCAUCCAGGGAACCAAAGGCUGUGCGAAAGCACCAGCUGGGAAUGAUGUACCCAGGCAGGCCAAAAGAAAAACCAGCAAGGGGUUGGCUCAGUGUCUCAGGGAAUAUGAGGAGACCAUACACAAUAUGCAUCUGAACAAUGAGGAGAUGGUAAGAGAAUUUGAUGAGAUUGGCAGGGUGGAGGAUUAGGUGAAGGAAACCAGACAGAAAUUGCAGGGGGGGGGGGUUAUGAGGUCAAAAAAAGGUUUACAGGACCCUUUCCACCCUGGGGGCCAAGGGAACUCAGGGGUGAAUGCAGAGCCCCACAGAGGGGCAAUGAAGACAUUCCUUUUGUGUAGUGCCCCUGGCAAGCAUUUGCCAGGUCCUGUGCCUUAACCUUAUGCUAAUAAUUUGCUUUAGCUGUCACUCUCAUUAUCAGCAGCCUUUUGAGCCAACUAGAACACUCUGUCAGUAGGGGUUUCCACCCAUGUGCUUUGCAAAGUCGUUUUAAUUCUUGAAAAAUAAAAUAGCUUAUAAUAUCAUCUACAGAAUCAGUCCACCUUUAUAGAAAACAUAAGUUUAUAUAGUACAUCUAUGCACAGGAAAAACAGAAACUUUCGUUCAC